UAGAACGUAAAAUAUCAUUUAAAAAUAUAUUAUAUAUUUGUAUUGAUAUAGUGCUUUAUCAGAAAUGGCCAGUAGAUGGCGGUUUAGAGCGAAAACAUUGAUCGCGACGCGCUGGAAAACACCAGAGAAGAAGAGCGCGCGCGCAGUAUGGCGGGGUCACACUCAAGCUGGAGGCCACCGCGUUCGUGCGACGUCUACUGGUGUGAAUUCAAGCACUGCAAGAGUUUGUUUAACAGGUUCCAUGAAUACUACACCUACGGAAGAGCGCCGGACUGCCAGCAGUGGAAAGAGGACUAUCGCACCUGCAAAGAGUGGGAGAAAAACCCCAGCACACACGCCAAGGAAGCCCUCCGGGAGAGCGAAAGGAAGCGGCUCGCCGAGCAGAGGAAGUUCACUCCGGUCUGGGAGCUUCGACAGACGCCUCCGGCUGACUGGCACCUGCCGCUGAACCAGGGCAAAGACUCGAAGUCGUAAAGGGACGCCGGAAAGCACUCGAGCUGCGUGAACGUCUGCUGGGAACCUUCUCACACUACCUCUCCGUCCGGUUCUAGAUCGGAUUCUCCCGGGCGCUCGGCUUCAAAACGGUCAACCUGAAUAUGUAACCGGUAGAGUGGACUUUGGAGCAUAAGCGUCGGAUGACCCUUGUGGAAAAUCACUAUGAUUAAAAAUGAGAUGCAUUUAUUUCACGCCGAGUGUACCGCACACACGUUAACGGGCUUAAAUAAAAAAAAUAACUGCGAUUGUACUUUUGUAAUACUAAACUGGUAUGCGUAAAGUCUGCUGAGCUAGAACUAAUUUUGUGCUUUAAUUGUGCAACUAAAGACGUGUGGAAUACAGCUGGUGGUGUUAAAGUGGAACUAUUGCAAGUACGCCUUAAAUAUCUGUCAGUGUUGGCAUUAAAACGCAUUUUAAAUUUAAUAUUAAGAAAUUGCAUCGUGCACUCCAAAUAAAGUGGAAGAAAAGA